AAGUGGCUAAAAUUACAAAUCUAGUUUCCAUUCUCGGCGUCGGCUGCGGCUUCAUAACGUCACCGUUUUUGGUAAACUCAAUCUACUCCCUUCCGUCUCACCGGAAUUCUCUCGCUUUUUUUUUUUUGUCUCCGUCUCCUCCGACGUUCUCCAAGCUUCAGCUCCUCCUCCUCCCAACAUUUAUCUGCUCGCCUUACCCGACUUUUGGUUUUGUGUAGGUAGGUUCUAUGAGGAGUCCUAGAUCUUAUUCUGUGAAGUUUUUUGCUUGAAAACUACAAAGUGUAAAACCUAGAUGGUUUCGUUUUGUUAGAUAGACUCUACUCUUUUUUCCGAUUCACAUGGUAAGGACAUUGAGGUAGAGAAUACUACUAAAAGCAAUGGGAGAUGGGAGUUCCACUAGAUCCAACAGCUCGAACAGCAGCAAUGAGAAACCAGAGUGGCUGCAACAGUACAAUCUCGUUGGUAAGAUUGGUGAAGGAACCUAUGGUCUUGUUUUCUUGGCUAGAACCAAGACCCCGCCUAAAAGACCAAUUGCCAUCAAGAAGUUUAAGCAGUCAAAAGACGGAGAUGGAGUUUCCCCAACUGCUAUCCGCGAGAUCAUGUUGCUCAGAGAGAUUUCCCAUGAGAACGUCGUGAAGCUUGUGAAUGUCCACAUCAAUUUUGCAGACAUGUCUCUGUAUCUUGCCUUUGAUUAUGCCGAGUACGAUCUCUACGAAAUCAUCAGGCACCACAGAGACAAAGUAGGCCAUUCGAUAAACACAUACACAGUUAAGUCUUUGCUCUGGCAGCUUCUCAACGGGUUGAACUAUCUUCACAGUAAUUGGAUUAUACACAGAGACUUGAAACCCUCGAAUAUCUUGGUUAUGGGGGAUGGAGAAGAACACGGAAUAGUGAAAAUAGCCGACUUCGGGCUUGCAAGGAUAUAUCAAGCUCCGUUGAAACCGCUAUCAGAUAACGGAGUUGUGGUCACAAUCUGGUACAGAGCACCAGAGCUGCUUCUUGGCUCGAAGCACUAUACAAGCGCCGUCGAUAUGUGGGCUGUUGGAUGUAUAUUCGCGGAGUUACUUACUCUGAAACCGUUGUUCCAAGGAGCAGAAGCGAAGUCGGCUCAAACCCCUUUCCAGUUAGAUCAACUCGACAAGAUAUUUAAGAUCUUAGGCCACCCGACGAUGGAUAAAUGGCCAACGCUAGUUAACCUCCCGCACUGGCAUAACGAUGUUCAACACAUUCAAGCUCACAAAUACGACAGCGUUGGUCUCCACAACGUGGUACACCUGAAUCAGAAAAGUCCUGCGUAUGAUCUCCUAUCCAAAAUGCUUGAAUAUGACCCGCUCAAGCGGAUCACGGCUUCACAAGCACUAGAACAUGAGUAUUUCCGAAUGGAUCCUCUGCCAGGACGUAACGCAUUUGUAGCCACCCAACCGAUGGAGAAGAACGUGAAUUACCCAACUCGUCCAGUCGACACAAACACGGAUUUCGAAGGCACGACGAGCAUCAAUCCUCCUCAAGCAGUAGCAGCAGGAAACGUAGCAGGGAACAUGGCUGGAGCUCAUGGAAUGGGCAAUAGAUCGAUGCCAAGACCAAUGGUUGCACAUAACAUGCAGAGGAUGCAACCUCAAGGCAUGAUGGCUUAUAAUUUCCCAGCGCAAGCGGGGAUGAACCCGAGUGUUCCGCUGCAGCAGCAGCGUGGGAUGGCUCAACCGCACCAGCAGCAACAGCUAAGAAGGAAGGAUCCUGGAAUGGGUAUGUCAGGUUACGCACCUCCUAACAAAACCAGACGCCUCUAAUGAUUUUUAUAAGGUGAAGUCGAUAUCAUCAAACUCGGGUGGGUUUAGAUUCUGUGUGUUUGCGACAGAAGAAAGCGUUGCGAUUUGCUUUAUAGAGUAGAGUUAGAUUGUAAUGCAGCAUGUGGUGUGUUGCUAUAUUCAUAUGGAUGGAUUGGAUUCUGUAGUUUUUGUAAAAACAUAUCCUCUCAAGUGUUUGUUAAUUAGAGCAUCAUUUCUCUUAA